AUGUCUCCCCACCGCCGCCUCCAUCGCAUCGCGCAGACCCUCGCCCCCGCCCCGCCCUCGCUUGGCCAGCUCACGCUCGGCGAGAUCACGUACGACGUCCCCGCGUCGGCCACGCCCUCGCGGCUCCCCCACUUCGCGGGCCCCGACGGCGGCGCGCCGCCGCUCGACGUGCGCGACGCGUUCAACCUCGACAAUCUGCACUUCUUGCUGCAGAAGUACCUCCUCGGGCAGGACGUGUUCUUGCUCUCGCAGCCGGGGCCGUAUGCGCGGCGCCUCGCCAUGACGUUUUGCAGUCUGGUGAAUUCGGAGUAUGAGUAUAUUGCGCUGCAUCGGGACGUUGGAGAGACGGAGUUGAAGCAGGGCAGGGAAAUUAAGGCGGGAGGGAAUCUAGUAUAUGUCGAUAGCGCCGCGGUGCGGGCUGUGAAGCAUGGCCGCAUUUUGAUCAUAGAAGGUAUAGAGAAGGCCGAGAGAGGCAUUAUGCCAGUUCUCAAUAAUCUACUGGAGAACAGAGAAAUGAACUUGGACGACGGAACGCACAUUCUGCACCCUCAUCGAUAUGCCCUGUUAGAGACCUCAGACUCGAAACGCGAGACCGCAGGCAAACUCUUCGUACCGGCGCACAAGAACUUCCGCGUCAUCGCGAUCGCCGCCCCAGUCCCACCCUACGCAGGAUACCCCCUGGACCCGCCCUUCCGCAGCCGCUUCCAAGCGCGCUUUGUCGACCCCGUCGGCGCCCUCCUCGCCCUCACCCAUCCCGCUCCCUCCGCACCGCUCUCCACCCCAUCCACCGCUCUCGCAAACAAGCUCCGCGACCUUAUCCUGUCGACGCAGUACGCGAGUGAGGCGCGCCAUGAGCUCGACACCGUCGCGCGCCCCGCACUGCCCGCGUUCCCACAGACCGCACUGCAAAAGUUGAACAGCAUCGUAUCCGUGUUCGCGCCUCCGCCACUACUGGCGCCGGAACAGCUAUCGCGGCUGUUGUUGGUCCUGCACCCUUCGCUCGUGUAUGCGCCGUUCCAAGCGUGGGCGAUGCUGAGCACGCGCACCGAACAAGCCGGACUCGGCGCGCUCGGAGCCGCCCGUUCGAGCCACGGGGAAGAUAUUGGAAUUCUGGGGUAUCGUGCGCGCAGCAUCGAGCGCGUAGACAGCAACACAGCGCGCGUGGUCUUCGAGAGCGCUGCGCAGACCGUCUCGCUGGAGGUUCCCGCGGGACCGAAGCAGCUGCGUCCGUUCCCGUUCGUGGGCGACCUGGAGUUCUUCGCGACGGAGCGGUUCCUUGGUAUCUUGACGUGUUUUCUCCAGGCGCAUGCUCUGGGCUGGGAUAUUUCGUACGUCCCGCCUGCGCUGCCGUCCACCGGCUCGUGCUCGACGUCGCUCCUCGUGAAAACAUUCGGAGAAAUAUUGGGGUACGAGACCGAGGCCGUGCAUAUGUACAAAGAGCUCGGCGGGAGAGAGCUGUUGAUGAGGCGCAAGAUUGAAGACGGCGGAGCGACGACAUGGGAACCCAGCCCCCUUGUUGAGGGUGCCUGGGCAGGCCGAUUGGUCCACAUGUCCGGACUGGACGUCAUCGGCUUGACCGCUGGCUCGUUGGCUCGCCUGACUCAGGACAGAGAGGUUGAACUCUGGGGUUCCACUCGCAUUGUGUCUUCAGCCUCCGAAGCCGAGGCUGCCGAGGGAGGACUCUCGACGACCCACCGCUCCUUCCGCAUGAUCAGCACGUCUUCCAAAUCCACCGCCCUCCGCGACUGGCUCUCCGACGAGCAUGCUAAUAUGUUCUUGCCCAUCCCUGCGCAACCGAUGGACCACGCCGAGGAGUCCGCCGUCCUCCUCCAGACCGGCUGUCCGCCGCAUCAUGUGAAGACGCUGCUGUCCUUCGCGGAGAAGUACAGACAGAGCAUACCCUCCGAGGACAUGCUCAAGAACCGCAAGCUCGGCACGCGCUCACUCGUGAGGAUCGCGCGUCGCUUGGCGGGAUUCCCCUGGGACGACGAUUUGCACGCGUUGAUCAGUCGCGUGCUCUUGGCGGAAUUUUUACCUACGACGGAGAAAAUGAGCUUGGAGAGCCUGUUCGAGGAGUGCGAGAUCAAGCGUUUUACGAAUGUGUUCCACCCGUCCCCCGUCCCGGAGGAGCGUGGCGUUCUAUUUCCGCCGCCCAGUGACCCAUUGCGCAAGGUCGAGUCUACGUUUAUACCUCAGUUCCCUGCUGAGCAGGAUCCUGAGGGCGUGGCAUCCUAUGUGCCCCACAUGGACCACUUUUAUGACAAUAGCCUCCAAUCGGCGCUCAUGCGAGACCUUGCCGUGGACUUUGAGCUUUUGGGGGAGCACCUGGUACUUCUCGGGAACCAACUUCUUCGACGGCCCAGAGAAUACAUCCAGCUUCACCGCGAUACCACCGUCAACCAGCUGUUGUUCCAGACAUCCCUCGAAGGCGGCGUCAUCAAGCACACCGACUCGCCGUUGGUCCGGGCUAUGAUACUUGGCCGCGUGAUCAUCAUCGAUGAGGCCGACAAGGCGCCGGAGCACGUUGUCGCUAUAUUCCGCAGCCUUGCCGGACAAGGCGAGCUCACCCUCCCUGAUGGGCGGCGGCUUCGCCGCGUGAGAGAAAGAGAUGGCGAUAUUGAGGUUCAUCCUAACUUCCGCUUGGUCCUGCUGGCCAACAGGCCAGGAUAUCCGUUCCUUGGAAACCAUUUCUUGCAGGUCCUUGGAGACAAUUUCAGUUGCCACUCAGUCUGGAACCCGGAUCUCGAAUCCGAGCGGAGACUGCUUGCACAGCUUGCCCCAGAACUGGAGGAAGAUAUACUGAUUCGCCUAGUCGGCGUAUUCGACGACCUCAGAAAGGGAUACGACGAUGGAUCUCUGACAUAUCCUUACUCGCUACGAGAGCUGAUCGCCAUCGUGCGCCACAUGCGCACGUACCCGACUGAUACUCUAGAUCACGCCCUGCGCAAUGUUUUCGACUUUGACGUGCACAAACCAGAUGCGAUCGACAAAUUGGCGGCCAUCUUGGAGCACCAUGGGUUGCAGGUCAAGCGCCUCGGGCUGGACGCGGGUCGCGAUGCGGCGCAGAAGCGUGUGCUCGAUUUGAAGUUCGAGCCCAAGGGGUCGACUGACCUCGAUAAACCGAAGUUUGGGAAGGAGGACCCGAAUAACGAGCCGCACCACGGGGGUAACACCUGGGCCGGAGGCUCUGGUGGACGGGAUACAGCCGGGAUGGGAGGGCGCGGUGGAUAUAUGCGCUUGUUCAAGGGACACGAUAUCAAGCAGGUAUCAGACGAACUGAAGAAGGACGUCCCCGACGAGAUUAGGGAACAAGCCCGAGAGAUGGCUCGACAGGAGUUGGCCCGACGACUAGAGGAGCUCAAUAUGAGUGCCGCGGAAGCAAAGGGGUACGGCUCACUGUUGACCUCUGUGCAGGCGCACAUUGCGCAACUGCACGAUUUACUUGAGCACCUUGCGGCCAAAGAAGAAGAGCGAGUGUGGAUCAAGCGGCAGACAGAUGGGGAGCUGGAUGACAGUCGCCUGACGGAGGGUCUAACAGGUGAAGCUACGGUUUACAAACGAAGAGGAAUGGCCAAGCCGGAGUUGGGUCGGCCUCAGAUCAAGCCAAAACGUAUCCGGUUCUUGUUCGACAUCAGCGGCUCCAUGUAUCGUUUCCAGUACGACGGCCGUCUACAGAGGAGCUUGGAGACAGCGGUGAUGCUGAUGGAAAGCUUCAACCGACUGUCAAGGAAGGAUAAAUACGUAUGGGAUGUAUAUGGCCAUUCAGGAGACUCCGCAGACAUCCCACUUGUGCAGAUGGGGCAAAGCGUGUCUGAAGUGUCUGAACGUUGGGCUGUCGUAGAAAAGAUGAACCUCGUCACCCAGUACGCUUUCGCCGGAGACUUCACAGUUGAAGCCCUCGAGAAGGCGACCACGGAGGUUUCUAAAUUUGACGGAGACGACCACUUCGUCAUCGCCAUCUCGGACGCCAACUUCUCCCGAUAUGGCAUUACCGUGGAAGACCUCAAGAGAGCGAUGAACCGCCAUCCAAAGGUCCACACCGCGCUGAUUUGCAUCGGCGAGGGGGCUGAAGCGUCCUGGAUUCCGAAGAAUUUUCCGGGGCGGGGAUUCAGGGUGGCCAAUACGUCCGACAUCCCGAAGGUCCUACGCAGUAUCUUGUCUUCGAUGAUCGACCGGUGAUUUUGUGCAUGUAUCACAAGCCGGUACUGACAAAUGGAGCUAUAUUCAAACACCAC